AACUCAGUAGGUGGCCCAAAAUUGAUCUGAUUCAAAGUAAUGUUUCAAAAUUCCCUGUGAUUUACCCCUGACAAUGGACUCCAAGGCCAAGCGUGGCCAGCGUCAGCGGGAAAACAGCCUGCCAAACACCAUUGUGAUCCAGCUGGUGUCCCCGCAGCCACAUACCAUGCCCAUCUCAGUGCACGCGAUGCCGUUGCUCCCCGAAUCCAAGACGCCAGUGGAGCAGACGCGAAGGCCAGCACCUCUUGCCCCUAACAGUCCGAGGAGCCCGAUAGCUCCAUGCCCAUCACGUAUGCAAUCCGCUAUGGGUCCUCCGUCCAGAAUAAGAGCACCGAUUGACGAGAUAGGAUAUUCUUCUCCACAAUUCAUGUACGCCAACAGUGACCAUACUAACCAACCUCUGGGUCAGGGCAGGACUGUGUGGAUGGAGUAUGUCUAUCAUCCGGGACAGAAUGUGGCACCCAUCUACAGUUCGCCGCUACGUGCUGAGCAAGAGGGAACAGUAGGCCAUUGUGUCUGCAACAACUAUCGCUGUGCCCGAAGAUCGAUACAGGAGCCGGAAAACUUCAUGGAGAAUCAGACUUUGCCCCGACUAAGUGAUUUCCCACAAUCGCGCCAAGAGUCUGCGAGCACGGAGGGCCGUCGCGAUCAAGCAACUAAUACCGAUGACCAACCACAGCACCUGGAGUCCCUGAAGGUGAUCUGCGAGACCUUGGGUCAAGCAAUUGUAGCAGCAGCUACGGCGGCCGUGGAGACUGCCCAUAAAUUGUAUACGCCAAACGAUUGUUUACCCAAACCGAAGCUAACCACGUCAAAUAAGACAGAAUGCAGAGCAGACCAAGCACAGGAAAAAAAGAACAUUUCCAGCUCAAUUGAAAUGAUCGACGUAUCGGAAUCGGCCAGUAAAGUCCAUAUAAAAUUUCCGAAAACGCCGAGAACAACGAUUGCUCCUCCUCCGUGGCUCCCACAACCUUUGGAUUCAGAUGAAGAGCGCAUGGAGUCCGGCUCUUCGCCAACAGGAGUUUAUAUCAAAAGCCGACAGAUUAUUCCACAAAGACCUAAUUCCUCCACUGGAAGUUUGCCUGUGAGAAAAUGUCCAAUGGUAAAGCAAAACAUUAGUGCUAGAGUGAAGGGUCGGGAAGGUCCAGCAAUCAGGAGGCGUUUUCCCACAGAGGAGCAACCACCAGUCAAACAGGAGGAGAAAUCUGGUCCUACAUCCCCGAACGCUUUAAUUAUAAAGCAAUUAAAAGUUGUAGGUCCUUCGCCACCAGAUCUAACCGUAGUCACUUUGCCUCCAGAUCCAGAUCUCUCAAGUUAUUCCCAAACGGACGACCCUUGUUUGUCUAACAAAAUUUAAACUUCUUCGGGCAAUAGUUAUAGUUCAAUAAUCCUGUGAAAAAUAUUUACAUAUAUAUAAAACAGAAAGACAUAUAGAUUACUGCAUGAAUGUCCAAAAAUGUAUAGAAUACUCCUUGUAUGAAGAAUAAAUCAAAAGUUCAUUUUA